CGGCGACCGGGGCAGGCGCACCACCGACCACUGUAUGCGGGCUGGCUGGCGGCGCGCUCCGGCCGUGUGAGAGAGUGUGUGUGCGCGUGUGACCAGAACGUCGCAAAGGAUGGAGGAUAUUAAGGAGAUAUUGGGAAUUUUGAAUUGACGAGGGGACAGCGAAACAACUGCUCUUGGAUUUUUUAUUUAUUUAUUUAUUUUGUCCUCCAUAGGGUGGGAUUGGGAUUAUUCCGCAUGCAAGAUGCCGUUCGCCAAACGGAUCGUGGACCCCCAGUUACUGUGCAGGCAUCCGAUCCCCAACGACGAGGGGUUAGUGUUCGAGGAUCUGGGCUCCGUCACAAGUGUUGUUUUGGCCCGGACCCUGCGGCAGUUGUCGGAGCUGGCCAGACACGCCUGCUCGUUAUUCCAGGAGCUUGAGAAUGAGAUUCUCACCACCAACCAGCGGGUCUGGCACCUUCAGACCAAAAUAGGCAGGAUACAAGAGACCGCCAGCGCUUUGGACCCCAAAAAGGAGGCAGUGCCGGUGUCUAACCUGGAAGUGGAAAGUAAGAUAACGUCUCACUACCAAGCGCCAUGGCACCAGCAGCAGAACGUCUUCCACCCCUGCACCCGGCCACCGUGCCUGGAGGAGCUGCACACACACGCCAGGCUCAGCCUCCGCGCCCUGCACAGAGAUCAGCAGCAGCGACAGCGGUCGACCAGCAGAGAGCGCAGAGUCACCAUCUCCAUCUCUGUGGCUCCGCCUCCUUUGCCCACCUUCCCCUCACCACGCAGGAGACAUGAGCAGAGGAGCCGGCACGCUCAUGCGCAGCAGCAGGAGAAAGCAGAGAGAGAGGCAGACUUCCAGCCCAGGAAGGAGAGGAUAACAAGAGAGACAGAAAUACAAACGAUACAAAGAAAGGAGAGACCAGGGAGAGAUGCAGACUUCCGGACCUUACAGAGAAAGCGUGCUCACUCCCCCUCCCCCUUUGAGUGUUGCCUGUUCUUCCACUGGAGCAGAAAGUCUACCUCUACCUCAGAGCCAGACACUGAGGUGUCUGAGGGGCGCAGGAACAAGUGUGUUGCUGCUCACCCCUCCUCCAUGACGGCCCAGCAGCAGACCGCAUGGUCCAAGGCCACGUCCCCAGAGGACAGGCACAAAACGGACCCUCAACUGCUGUCCUCCUGCAUCAUCCCCAUAAACGUCACGGGCAUGGGAUUCGACCGCGAGGCGAGCGCACGCUGCUCUCUGGUCCACUCCCAGUCCGUGCUGCAGAGGAGGAGGAAGUUGAGGAGGAGGAAGACCAUAACCGGCAUCCCCCGACGAGUCCAGCACGACAUGGAUUCAGACGAGUCUCCCGUGGCGAGGGAGAGGACGCUGAUCGUGCACGCCAACCCUCACCUCUCGCUGUGCCAGGAGGAGGAGCUGAGCCUCAGCGGGCACCGCCUCCACACCCGCGACUCCGGCUGCCAGACAGACGACUUCCUCAUCGCCGCCGCCGCCCCUUCCCGCCGGCGAAUCAGGGCCCAGCGAGGCCAGGGGAUCCCCGCCUCCCUGUCCCACUCCACGGGCAACAUCCUGUCCCUGCCGGACCACUCGGAAGUGUACACCUCCUCGGCCUCCGGGGGGCGCCUGCGCUCUCGCAGUCUACCGAGGGAGGGGGGCCGCCUCAGGGACGAGGUCGACAGCGACGAGGACGAGGACGACGACGACGAGGACGACGACGACGAGGACGACGACGAGGAGCUGUCCCCGUACGAGGCGGAGGACUUCCUGCCCGGGCCGGGCCAGAGGAUGAUGAUGAUGAUGAAGGAUGAAGAGGAGAGCACGGACGACCAGGCCAUGCCUGAGCUGCAGCUGGGCAGCCUGAAGCGGUCCCAGAGAGGGGGAGGGGGAGGAGGGGGGGGAGGGGGAGGAGGAGGGGGGAGUCCGGAGCACGGCUGGAUGGAGCGAGGGCGCUCCCGGCUGCCUCGCAAGGCCGACAUGGGCAGCUGCGAGGUGUCGUCGUCCUCGGACACCUUCUCCAGUCCCAUCCACUCCCUGUCCACCACAGGGGGGCUCGGUGGGGGAGUCGACCACAAGGAGGACCACCAAUCAUCUAGCGGGAACUGGAGUGGCUCCUCCUCAACCUGCCCUUCCCAGACCUCCGAGACCAUCCCCCCUCCUUCCUCCCCGCCCCUCACAGGCUCCUCCCAUUGCGACUCGGAGCUUUCGCUCAACGCCGCGCCGCACGCCAUCGACGAGUUGACAGGCUUCAUCAUUGACCCCUCCUACCAGGAUCGCCCUCAGUGCCAGGGUCAGAGGUCAAGCUCCUUCACCUCCUCAGCGACAGACCAGCUGGAUGACGCUGGGGUCAGUACCGCUAGCGAGGGGGAGUGGGCCUACCCUCCGGACCAGCCUGACCAAGACCAGGACCAGGCAGGGGCUCAGGACUACAGCCCCAAACGUGGACUGGAGGAUCAUGGGAGCAGGGGGCUAAGGUCUGGGGCCUACCCCACCACCUACCAGGGCUUCUCUGAUCCACAUAGUCUGAGACAGACAGAGACAGAGCCUCACCCACACACUCUCCUCUCCUCCUCCUCCCACUCCGGGCAGGGCUACAGGGGCUAUCUGUGUGACUAUCCAGCUCUAGGCUCUGACUGUGGCCAGGGGCAGGGAGGGGGUUGCAGAGGGGGCACUAUGACCCUGGGGAGGCCCUGCCGGCCGCUGAGAAAGGCUAAGGCCAAGCCUCCACCUCCCAGGAGGAGCUCCUCCCUGAAGGAGAGCAGUGGUGCCAGUGUUGACCCGGAGAUAACCGUGAGGGACUCAGAAACAGGACCUGGACCAGACCCAGACCCAGACCAAGGCCAAGACCAAGGCCAAGACCAAAAUAAAGACCACGGUCAAAAUCAAGACCAAGGCCAAGACCAAAAUAAAGACCACUGUCAAAAUCAAGACCAAGGUCAAGACCAAGACCACAACUUAAGCCAGAGCCAGAGCCAGGAACAGGAUCAAAAUCGAGAUCAUGGACAGGACCAGGGUCAAGACCAGGGCCAGAGUGAAGAUCAGGCCCAGGCCCAGGCCCAGGCCCUGAACCAGGCCCAGGCCCUGAACCAGGCCAGGGACCAAGACCAGGACCAGGACCAACCAAAGAUAGGUAGUGAAGAGAACCUAAGCUUGUCUUCCGGCGAUGGGCAGCUGGAACUUGAACUAGGGGGGGGCUCAGGCCAGUUGGACCCAUCAGGGUUGGUGACACAGCCUCUGGGAGCCUGGGGGGUUGGUGUGGACCUAACAGAGCCCACCUCCUUUGGCUCCACAGACACACAUUCCUUCAAGGACGAAGGGGCUGUUCAGUCUGACUAUGCCAACCUAUGGCUGCACAGUGACCUCAAAUCCCCCGCCCCCUACCCCCCCCUCUCCAACUCCAGCCCUGGCACCACCAUCAUCGAGUGUCUGCGAUCUCCGGAGAGCCCCUGUUCUGCCCCCCCUCCUCCGCCCCCUCAGGCCUCCCCCCUCCUCCCCCCAGGGGAGGCAGACUACAGACUGGGCUCUCCCGAGAAGCUGGCCGGCCUGGCCUCACCCUCGAGUGGCUACUCCAGCCAAUCAGAGACGCCCACGUCAUCAUUCCCCGCCGCCUUCUUCCCCUGCCCUGUGUCGCCCACCAGCGGUAAGAGGAAGCCCAAAGUACCCGAGAGGAAGUCCUCCCUGGCCUCGCUGCAGCGUGACCCCGCCCCUUCCUGUCGGACAGAACCGGACUUCCCCCCGCCUCCCUCCCAGUUGGAUUUGAGCGCGCUCCACAGCCACGGACAUGGCCACUCCUACGCUCGACACACCCUGUCCCACAGGACACAUCUUCACACGCUGCACCACCACAAGCAGAGGGCAGUGGCCAUGGCGGCCGCUGCAGCAGAAGCGAGGGCCGCGGGUUCAACCAUGCACGCCGAGGGUUCUGGCUCCGCCUCCAUCCCCCUGGCAAUAGGCCCCUCCCUCCUGGCAGCCAUCACACCCUCAGCGCUUCGAUCCGUCCAACUGAGGUCCGUUGGUGGUCAGAGCCUUAAGAACAGUAGCGGGACAGAAAUGGAGAACACCGCCACCAGACCCAAAUGUCCCGGCAUGGCCACUGUAGCCCCCACCCUGUCCGUCAACACCAGGCCCCUCCCCCCUCGGAGACCCCCUCCUCAGAGACCAGCCCCUCAGCCUGACCCUCACUACUCCUCCCCCGAGCACCUCCCCCCUCCUCCCCCCCGCCAGCACCCAGACGGCCCCCCUCCUUACGAGAGCCUGCGUCUGCGACAGGACCGGUAUGGACCCGGAACAUUCUGGGCCAUGACGGCCUUCAGAACCCGCGUGGAUUCCCCUGAGGACCCUCCCCAUCGCCCCCCGCCGCACCCACCACACCCCUCCCCUGUAGACAUGCACAUCACGCACUCCCACACACACCCGCCGGAGUUCAGGGUGCUGGGAGAACGCAUGUUCUCCCCCGAGGAAGAGGACGAUGAGGACGAAGAAGAGGAGGAGGAAGAGCCGCAGAGGGAGACCUUACAGACUUCCAGAACGAUGAGCUCCAGGACAGGGGUGAUGAUGGAGCCCCGUGCCCCACCAGGGUAUGUCCUGACUGGGGAGAGGCAACAUGGGCCUGGGGGCUGGGGUGUUCCUGGAGGGACAGACUCAGGACCUUGUUACAGUCCAGACAAAGUGCCUGCAGGGAGGACAUACAUAUCGCACCCUUACUUAAUCAACAAUGCACUGGGAGGACGAAGAGCUGGAGGAGGAGCAGGGGAGGAAGAGGAGGAGGAGGAGGAAGAAGAAGGUCCUAGCAGGAGUGCUCCUAACCAAGAUGGCCGAGAGGAAUCCACCACCCCUGAUACAGAAGGAUAUUUUAGCAAAGACUCCACCCCCAGUGACAACUCACUCUCUCCCCUGACUGAUGACAUUAAAACCGACGAUGACAUUGUCUUCACGUCGCCCAAUAAAAUGCGUACAACUGAGGACUUGUUUGCCAUGAUACACAGGUCCAAGAGAAAGGUCUUAGGCAGGAAGGAUUCCGGUGAACUGGGUUCGAAGAACCGCCUGUGUCCUCCGGCGCCCCCCGUCCCCAUAACAGCUGCCCCGGCACCAGCCAUGGCCAUGGCACCGGCCGCUCCUCUGAGCACCCCAACCACCCCCGCAACCGCCGCCGCUCUCCCGGCCGGCGCCCAGCGUGCCCCGGUCCCUAUUUACCGGUGCGCGAAGAAGUCCAGCACCUCCAACGAGGAGUUCAAGCUGCUCCUCCUCAAGAAGGGCAGCAGGACUGAUUCUAGCUACCGCAUGUCUGCCAUCGAGAUCCUGAAGAGCCCCAUAGCUCCAAAGAAUAUCGGGGACACCCUCAUGGAGGGAGGGGCGAGACCGGGGGCUGGCGAGGAGCUCCCCUCCCCCCUCCAAGAUCUACCCUCGGUCCCCGACCAGCUCCUGCCCCCGCCUGGCCUCUUCCCCCCAAGGCCCACUGCUGAGAGCUUCACCACGAAGACCCUCCCCAUGUCCGCGGCCUCACGCCAGGGCAGGUCAAGGAUCCCCCCGGCGGCCAAUAGCAGCCGCUACAGCGCGCGAUCCCGCCUCUACACAGCCCCCAUGCAGGCCAUCUCAGAGGGAGAGACCGAGAACUCCGAUGGCAGUCCCCAUGAUGACCGGUCGUCCUAGUGUUAGGAUGGAACUAACCAGGACCACAUCCAGACCAUGACCCAAUCUCCUACUGCCCCAAAACAAUCGUAUGCAAACCUGUCAAAUAGAGGCUUGGGUCAGGGAGUCAGGGGUCACGCGGGCGGAGGUCAGAGGCUCCAGCUGGAGGACCUUGUUGUUUUACAUCCAGGGUCAAAACAUCAUUUUGUUCAGAUGAACUAAUUAGACUUCUUAUUGUGACUGGGCGCUCUUCUCUUUUUAUACUAUCCAGAUAAGGAGUGGAAGUUAAAGAAAAGGGGAUGUAAGACCCGUGUGUGUGGGUGUGUGUGUAUCGGAGCAAAUGGAACAUCCACUGUUAUUUCUACUUCCUGCUUAAUUAAGGGGACUGGUAUGCCAGCAGAGGAGCAUCUUUCAGAAGUCCCCUACACCCCAUGAACACAUGAUCUUGGCUGCAUGUUGAGAAGCUGGAGUGUUGAGGUGCUGUUGGACUAUUGAUCAGUAAUUAUUAUGGUGUAUCUGUGGUGUAUGUAGCUGUAGCAGAGCUGGUCUGAGGACUAGUGUGUUGGCCCUAACCCGAGACCUGAAGAUACACACAACUACGCUAACUUGCUUAGCAAGUUAGCAAAAACCUUUUCAGCGAGUCCAGUACCUGGGUUAUGUUUCUUAUGAUGU